CACUCAGCUGGGCUCUAUCAGCCUGACGCAGGCAGUGCUGGGGGCAGGAGGGGGCUGUGCUCUCCCUACUCCAGGAGCCGCCAAGAGCCCAUAACAGAACCAGAAAGGGCAGAACUGAGGGCUGGGGUCUGCAGCAAGUGCUCCCCAUGCUAUCACUGCACCCUCUAACCCAACGCAUGACCAGGGCUCCCCAAUAGCCACUUGGCGUCAGGGUGCCCCAGCAGCAGUGUUGGUGGCCACUGGAUCCCAGGCGUCUUAUCAGCUCCAGACACAGUUCCUAUCAGCGUGUCACUGCUGCCUGCUGUGCCACUGCCCUCACACCGCGCUGCUGGCUGCUGCUGCUUCUUCACCAACCAUCCGCCGGCCGGGGCACUGCACAGGUCAGGAUGUCCCAGCACAAAGCCGCCCUGAUCCACACCAAGGUGGUGACGGGCAGCUGGUGCUGCGUGCUGCCCCGCGGCGAGGACGUGUCGGAGGAGCUGAGCGAGGAGGAGCGCAGCAUUGCCCGGCGGGCACAGCGCGUGGCACUGGAGGUGCUGGAGGAUGCGCUGCGCAAGGACCGCGUGCUGAUGAAGAACCUGAAGGAUGUGGUGGUGCUCACUGGGGAGGGAGGAGAGGGCUGGGUGGAGCGUUACGCCAUGCUGACCGAGCGGCUGCUGCGGAGCCUCAUUGCACAGCUGCAGCAGGCUGCCUUCCGCAAGAACCCGUGCAAGGCCGGCUCCUACGCCUACGUCAAGAAGAACGCGUGGGACCGCACCAUCUACCUGUGCCCGCUGUUCUGGCAGGCGCCUGGUGAGCUGCAGAAGGACUCGCAGCCCGGCACGCUGAUCCACGAGGCCUCGCACUUCCUGGGCCUGCACGACAUCACUUACGCCACGGCCAGCUUCAGGGCGGGCGGCGGCGGCACGGCCAUCUGUACAGACGGGCACAUGCCCCUCUCGGAGACGCUGCGGAAGGCGCUGCUCAACGCCAACAGCAUCGAGUAUGAGUUCGAAAUCGUGCUGAGGCACCGGCAGCCAUAUCGGGGUGGCUGCUAUGGCUGCUGCGGGGAGACGGCACGUAACUCCAUCUGCGAGAACGCACUGCCCUGGGCUGGGCCAGCAUGCAGGCCCCAGAGCGCGGCCGCCAGCACCAUCGGGGACAUUGUGCAGCUGGCCCUGCUGCCUGCCCGGGAUGCCAUGCGGAGGUGCCUGUGGGACAUGAGAAGAGUGGCAGAGGCCCUGGGCCGGCAGCAGCGGGCAGUGCUGGUGGCCAAUAUUACCGGCGGGGUGGUGAGUGUGGCGGGGGGGGUGGCAGCCAUGGCCGGGCUGCUGCUGGCCCCUGCCACACUGGGCAACGUGCUGCUGCUGGCGGCUGUGGGUUUUGGUGUCUCUACGGCUGGGAGCAUUGCCAGCGCCGCCGGCACCGUCAGCAGCAGUGUGGGCUACCUGGUGAGGAAGGGUGAGGCUGAGAGGCUGCUGGAGAAGUUUGCAGCACAGGCACAGGCUUUCACAGGCUGCCAAGAGGCUGUGGGGAGGGCACGGAGGCUGCUGGAGGUGCUGGGGCAGGAGGAGAGCCUGGAUGUCAUCCUGGGGGUGUUUCGGGUGGUGGCAGGGCUUGGGCGCAGCGUCUUCAAUGGCAGCAGUGCCCUCAGAGUCAGCAUGGCUCUGGCAGGAGCCGGCCCUGCCACCAGCCUUGCUGGGACAGCCACCUAUGUCCUGCUUGGCCUCUGCCUGGCCCUGGACAUCUUCUUCAUUACUAAGGACUCUGCACACCUGCACCGUGGUGCACGCUCAGAGCUGGCGGGGAGCAUCCUUGUGGCCACAGCCGUGCUGGAGAGGGAGUUUAGUGCCAUCGAUGAGUUCUGUGAGAAAAUCAGGCUGAUUCUGGAGGAGGAGGAGUGAAAGCUGGCAUCAGGCUGAAUCCCACCCACACGUGGUAUUCCUGCCCAGCUGCUGGUGAUGAUGGGAGCCCUCCAGCAGCUUUGUGUGUGCACAGAUCUCCAGUAAAGCUAUUGCACCUGCUGCCGUCAGCACUCAUUUUUAAUUCUGCUGGACUCCAAAGGGCACAGGGCAGGCAUAGCAGCCCACCACCUGGACACCACCCCCUGCCACAUGCCCGUCACCUGCUGCCUUUCCCACAGGCAUUGCUGGCCCCUGUGCCACUCACACAUGAGCAGGCAAUUAAAAGACACUGUUUGCUUGA